AUGACGGGAGUCAAAGAAUAUUUCACCAAAUUGGAUGAGAAAAAGUUGGAUUUUUGUAUUGAGCUUCGAGAGAAUGGCAAGUACCAAGAAACUGGUGUAGGCACAAUCAAGUUUCAGAGGGAGUCUGACAAACCUUUAUUGGUGGAGGAUGUGUUGUAUGUCCCUGGCAUGACAAAUUAUUUAAUCUAUGUUUCUACUUUGGAGGACAAGGGUUACAUCGUGACCUUUGAAGAGGGAAAAGUCUAUAUCCAUCCAAAGAACUCCAAGGUAGAAAAAGUGAUUGGAGUCAGGCAUAGCAGCUUGUUUCGAUUGCAGUUUGAACUAGCACAUGCAUUGUUGAGAAGUUGUAGAGGGAUUGGAGAAUUGUGGCAUGGGAGGAUGGCUCAUCUUCACCAUGGAGCACUUAAUGUGCUCAAGGAAAUAAUGAUGGGGCUGCCUUAG